AUAAUCGUCGGCCUCGGCAACCCCGGACCGCGCUACGCCGACACCCGGCACAAUGUUGGCUGGAAGGCUUUGGACUUGGUGGCGGAGCAGCUGAGAAUCCCUCUGAACGAACGCCGCCCCAAGGCUGUGCUCGGCAUCGGCUACCGCGCCGACCGCUUCAUGAACAACAGUGGCGAGGCGGUGGAAUACCUGCUUGCCAGGUUCGGGGGGGGCGGAGGCAAUCUGCUGGUCAUCUAUGACGAGAUGGCCUUGCUGCCUGGCCGGAUACGCCUGCGCGCCGCCGGUAGCGACGCUGGCCACAACGGGAUACGGUCGAUCAUUCAAGCAAUCGGGGGCACCGGGUUUCCCAGGCUUCGAGUGGGCAUAGGCGCCCCACCGGCUGGGCUUGUGGCCCGCGAGUAUGUGCUGGGCAAGUUCGACGAAAAGGAUUCAGAGGCCAUCGCGGAGGCCGUUGAACGUGCGGCGGCAGCAGUCCUGUGUCUGCUGGACGAAAACAUCGAUGCAGCCAUGAACAAGUUCAACCAGGACCCCAACGCCGCACCGGAUUCGCCCGGGCCACCGCCCGAUUCCCGACCAGAGAGGGCCUCCCCCCAGGACCCGGGCGUCGGGCGCCGCCCCGUGUCUCCCGAUGUCCCGAACUCAGCCCAGAGCAAUGAACAACCCGGCAGCAACCACACAAGCCAGUGA